GCCCGCGCCCCGGAGAUGUCCUUCCCCCAGCUGGGCUACCCGCAGUAUCUCAGCGCCAGCCAGGCGGUGUACGGGAGCGACCGGCCCGGGGUGCUGGCCGCCGCCGCCGCAGCCGCCGCCGCCGCCGCUGCCGCUUCGGGCCGGCCCGCGGGCGCCGAGCUGGGCAGCGGCUCGGCCGCUGUCACCUCGGUGCUGGGCAUGUACGCCAGCCCCUACAGCGCCCCCAACUACAGCGCCUUCCUGCCCUACACCGCCGACCUCGGCCUCUUCUCCCAAAUGGGCUCCCAGUACGAGCUGAAAGAUAAUCCGGGUGUCCAUCCUGCUACCUUUGCUGCCCACACUGCCCCCGCCUAUUAUCCCUAUGGACAAUUCCAGUACGGGGACCCGGGGCGGCCCAAAAAUGCCACCCGGGAGAGCACCAGCACCCUCAAGGCCUGGCUCAACGAGCACCGCAAGAACCCCUACCCCACCAAGGGCGAGAAGAUCAUGCUGGCCAUCAUCACCAAGAUGACCCUCACCCAGGUCUCCACCUGGUUUGCCAACGCCCGCCGGCGGCUCAAGAAGGAGAACAAGGUGACCUGGGGCUCCAGGAGUAAGGACCAAGAAGAUGCAAACCUCUUCGGAAGUGACAAUGAGGGGGACCCCGAGAAGAAUGAAGAUGAUGAAGAAAUUGACCUGGAGAGCAUAGAUAUAGAUAAAAUUGAUGAGAAUGAUGGGGAGCAGAGCAAUGAGGAAGAGGAGGAGAAGCCUGAGCUCCUGAGACAAAACAGUGAAGAGGAGCACUUGGAAAAGGAGAAGGAUUUGGCACUGUCAGGGUCUGAAGGGCUGAAACCCAAAGACGCGCUGGCCAUGGUGAAGGAGGCCUCUGACAAUAGCACGAGAAUCAUCAGUCCUGGGGGACCGAACAAUUUACAGAUGCCGUCUCACAGCAAACCCAAGAUAUGGUCUUUGGCAGAGACGGCAACCAGUCCUGACGGUGCCCUGAAAUCUUCUCCUCCUCCGCCCCCUCCUCCCCAGGUUAACCACACUUCUCCUCAGAUUCAGCACCCUGCUUUUCUCCCUAGCCAUGGACUCUACACAUGCCAGAUUGGCAAAUUUCACAACUGGACAAAUGGGGCUUUCCUCACUCAGAGUUCCCUUCUAAAUGUGAGGUCCUUUUUGGGAGUAAAUCACCAUCAUGCUGCUCAUCACAAUCACCACCUCCAGGCCCAGCAACAAUCUUCUGUUUUAACAGCAACCCUGGGCGCGCUAAGCAGCGACAAACCUUCAGAGAGGACCAGUCCCAAACACAUAGAAAGAGAAAAUGUACCAAGAACUGACUCCCCACCCCAGCCGCUAAAAUCGCCCUUCCAGGCUGUCCGUGACAACUCUUUGGCUCAGCAAGAGGGAACACCGAGAAUUUUAACAGCUCUCCCUUCUGCUUGAUUAAAUGAUUUGGUGAAAAAAUAUUACAGAGACUGGUAAUAAGGACAGAGAGAGUGAAAAAAAAGGAAACGGUAUAAACGACUCCCAUCAAUCUCUUUUUGCAAUAAGGUGGUGCAAAUCCAUAAAAGCAUUACACAAAUCUGUAGAUGGAUCCCCUUCCUCAUUGUACCAUUUCAGAUCGUGUUAUUCUAACCAUUCUUGGAUUAUUUGUUUGGUAAAUGUUUCCCAUGUGUUUGUGGUUUUCUUUUUUCUGUAUAUAGAGUGAUUUCAGAUUGUAAAUAACACGUCAGCAAAACUUGUCUAAAUCAUAUAUUUUUGUCUAAUAAACUAAAUGAAAUUA